GUCUUUAUACUUCAGGUUCAUCGUCUACGGUUUUCGGUGGUGCAUUUUAUCGAAGAAAAUGAAGUAGACGUGGCACAAUCAUUAUGGUUGGAGAGGAGUAAUGGGGUUCUGAAUUGCUAUUGGCCUCAGAAUAAUGCCAGCGUUCUGGCAAGACGCUGUGCUCUGCCAGAUAAAGCACAGUGGAAAAAGUACCAAGUCAGAGUGUUCUCUACAACAGACAGCUACAGCCUGGCCAGGGAGAGGGCAAGAAAGGGGCAAGACACCUCUCAGGUGGAAACAGAGGGAGUUGCUAGAAAAAUCAAUGUUCCUGCCAGAUACCAGGAGCCUGAUAGUGAUGAUGAGGAUGAAGUCAUUCCGAAAAAGAAAGCAGUCAAACCUGGAGUGUUGCCAAGAGGGCCUGCGUUCCACCACACCUGUCAGGGCAGAUGACGAAUUGGAAGUUACUCCAUGUGAAUCCUCACAUACCUCACAUACCUCACGAUCUGUUGAGGCCUUUCAAGAGAUUUUCGGUUUCCUGGAGGGUGUUGAGAGGAGAAUCGGGAUCAAAAUAGAAAGGAUGCAGGAGGAGUUCAGGAAUACCAUUGGCCGUGUCAUGGAGGCUGUGGAGUCCCGGCCAAUGAGACCUUCUGAGGCAGCAGAAAUUGAGAUAUUGGAGUGUCCAUGCAAAAAUGUCAGAGACUUGGAGGACCUUUGUCAAAAACUGAAAGACCGCUCAUUUAAAAAGAAAAUGAUUCGAUACCUGAGCCUUCUUGGAGGCAACAAUAUUGGAGAUGGAGUUAGGAGAAUCCUUAAAAAAAUCGGGACUAAUGAAUUACGGAAGGGGUUUAGUUUGAAGGGGAGAAAGGGGAAGAGACCCUUCAACCAUUUAUUAAUUUUUGAUGUGGUGAUACGUGCCUGCAGCCGUUCCUUUCCCAGUGUGGACUGCCAGAAGGUGGAGGAGGCCAUUGCGGUUACACUAAAACAUGCUCCCCAACGCAGAUCAACAAACCAGGUAUAUACACAUAUUAUAUACACUUAUCCAUACAUACGACGUUACAUGGACGUCCCGGGGACGUUUGUCUGCGACGUCCCCGGGACCUUCAGGGGACCCUACAAAAAGACGUCAUGGGGACGUUCCCUUGCGACGUCCUGA